GUGUUCAAACCCCUACCCCAUUGACUAUGCAGAGUACCACGCCAACAGAAGAAAUCGUCUUCAUCAUGUGGAGUUUUUUGGUAUCUGCUACGGGAUCGGCAUGGGGACUAGAACUAUUGCCUUAGAAUACAAAGACUGUGAUGGAACAGUUCACGACAACUAUGUAGGUUGGAACUCCAGGUUAUAUAUUAUCAUGGCAGAAGUGGCGGAAACCACCGGAUCGGCCACAUGUGAGUCUCAAACGGCCUUUAACAUUCAACAGUUUGCUGCAGUUUCUCACACAGAAACAAGGGAUGAAAACAUACAUUCGACGUCGCAUUAUGUAAAACGGGCAGCUGACACCGCUUUGCGAGUUCGCUGGAGUGGUAAUUUGUACGGGGAAGGCAACUACAAAUGUGGUCGAUGGUAUUUCAAAUUUAACGGCGUGGAAUGCUCCAAUCCCGGGCCACUAGAAUGGGUCAUGUACGUCAAUGGAGGCCACGUACCUCAGGUCAAGCGGGGCGUUGCAUUUAAUGGGAUAUGUGAAGGUAUUGGUUCUGGAGCCAUUGUGAUAACGCUGCAUGUUGGAAACUGUACAAGCUCUGGUCACCCUCCCUUCGAUGCACAGACAGGUUGGAAAACCACAACUCACCUUAUAGUGGAGGAGACAAGACUUGGACAAGAUAUCAGUGCAGUUCUUGCUGCCGAUGGAACCACCGUCCGUCUGCCGUUCUAUAACCGCGUUCAAGGCUACUGGGCUAACUUGUACGACAAUGCCGACACAGGAGUUAUCCAGUCUAUGACGUACAACAAAAAGUCAAACUCCAGUGGAAUCCAUGUCAUUUGGAGUGUUAACGUGAGGAAUCACUUAGACGACACCUGUGCCAAAUGGUCCGUUACAUUUAACGGGACUCAGUGCUCCAAUCCUGGAAGUAUUGAACAUAUCAUAUAUACGCAUGACUUUGACACCGGAACAUACGUGAAUUGGCAUGUCCCGGGCAUUGUCGAUGGCAUGUGUUUUGGCAUCGGGCGCGGUGACGUCAUCAUAGCUUUGGUGGUCGGUGCGUGUUCCUCACAUACUGGAUACGAUGCUUUUACUGGUUGGCGGUCUGGGACCUUCUUGAUGGUGGAAGAGGUCUUUCUUGGAGCCUAACAAAAGAUUAUGGAGUGAUAGUUUCAGACAGCGGGCUGCCAAAGACAUUUAUUGAAUAAUGGCGUUAAAAGCACUUUUUUCGCCUUGUACAAAAGGCACAUUAUUAUUACAGUAAUAUGCACACUUUAUCAACGGCGCCCUUUAUAGUAAGCAA